UUGCUGACUCUCUCUGAAGCAGCGCCCUCCUCAGCCGACUAUAUAUAGUGUGAGCUGGGAGAAGGGAUUGUGCUGAGACUCGACAGGCAAGUACCAAGGAUCUGUACAGGUGUCCGAGACUGCUUAACCCCACACGCACCAAACCACAGAAUGUCAGUACUAUCAAGACAAGGGGUGACUGUGUCGGUGCUGCUGCUGCUGCUCACAGUACACGCUGUUGGAGGCCAGAACUACCACUUCAGCAACGGCUGGCACGCAGGCAGGAAACGUGGCGGGGACAGCACCAGCUGCGCCUUCAGGAAAGACAUCCUCAUGCUUGUCAACAAACUGAUCAUGGAGGAAUCAUCUCGUGUGGCCCAUCGCUGCCAGAACGGAGUGCCGCACAUGGACUUCACAGAGCCUGACACAGUGGAAGCUGAUUCUGACAACCAGCUGACAGACAAGCGAUGGAAGUGAAGAUCGUGAAGCAACUGCCUUUCUCGCCCAAGCCACCCCUACAACACAGACGAUGACCACACAGCAACAAUUCAGCAGUUAAAUACCAGCAGCGCCAACAGGAACCAAAUAGGAAUUAACUCACGUUGUUUAUUAUUUUACAAGAUUAGUUCACUCCACCAAUGACCCCAGAUCCUGACUCUUUCCUUGCAUGGAACCUGUCAGUACAGGACUAUAACUGGACGUGUACCACUAACCCCUCCAGCUCUCCCCAGCAUCUGCCAGGUGUGCCCAGGUGUGUCCUGCUGAUUAUCCAGGUGUAUAUCCAGGUGAUUAUUCAGGUAUAUAUCCAGGUGUAUUAUCAGGUGCAUGGCAGGUAUGAAGUUGACUGCUCAGAGACGUUCAGUCAACCCUGUGUGUUCAGUCUGAACACAUGCAUGCAUGGUUUGACGAGGACAAUCAUGUACAUACUUGCAAGGAAAUAAAUCAGUUUUCUAUGGAA